AUUAUUGAUAAUAAUAAUUACGGUGACAUGCGCAUUUCUACUCGAGAGAGGGGGUUUAAUUUUCCCGAGCCCUGAAGAAUUUGCUUGAAGAAGGGGAAGGAAAAUUGUUUGCAAACUCUUUUGCUCCCGAUGGUUGCACCAUGUCGAGGCGUAAGCAAGCCAAACCGCAGCACAUCAACUCCGACGAGCCUGCUUCGUUAGGAAAUGGGGUUCUUCGAGAUGCUCAAGCUGAGGAAUCCGGAAGUGAAGUGAAGAGGUUCAGAAUGGACGAGAACAGAGUCUGCAACAAGUGUUGUGCAGAAUUCUUUGACGAAGACGAAUUUCUUGAGCACGAGAAAAAUUGCACUAAGAGUCAGCAGGUGGUCAUUAUGAAGGAUGGAGAAGGCAAUGAAGCGUCAGAGGAAUAUUCACAAGGCUCUCCUGAAGGCCUUACGAGUGACCACGACGACAGCCAGUCCAGCAGCCACUCCUUAUCAAACAUCAACACAGACCAUCAUGAAAGACCAGAGGAAGAGCCCAGCAUUAAUGCAGAGGACUUGGUACAACAGGAUCAGGCAGAUAUGUCUGCUAGCCCUGAGGCUUUCCAUCCCUCACAUAAAAUGCAAAAUUCAAAUGUCACUCUUGAAGCCAUGGCCGACACUAAAGUGGCUGUAUCCCAACAUUCCUCAAAUAAUGCUUCCCUAGCCACAUCACAGGAGGCCAUGCAGACCAUUCCCAUGAUUUUGGAACAGUUGGUGUGCCUUCAGCAACAGCAGCUACAUCAAAUCCAGCUCACGGAACAGAUUCGGAUCCAAGUAGCCAUGAUGACUCCACAGGGUCUCCAGGCAUCUGUAGGGGCAGUAAUGGACCCCCUGAAAGCCCUUGGUGCACAUCUUUCCCAACAGCUGUCCACUGCAGCAGCUCUAAUAGGAAAAAGGACCGGCAGUCAGACCCUUUCUCUUGAGGCGAUGAAGCAAGGUAAAUUACCUCUGCCUGCUGUAAUCCCUACCUCUCUGCCUGGAGGCCUGGGUUCAGCAAUCUCUAAAACAGACAUUUUAAAGGGCAUGCCAGAUCUCGCCAGCCGUCUACCUGCACUUCUGCCACAAUCAUCAGGUGUCAUGGGUUUCCCUGGCACCUUCAGCAGUAUCCAACCAGGAAUGGACCCCUCCAAAAAAGUGAAGCCGAAGAUGAUAACCCAACCACCAGAAUCCAAAAAUGGGGACUCCUUAUUCAAACACAAGUGCAAGUACUGCGGAAAGACCUUUGGCAACGACAGUGCUCUCCAGAUUCAUUUGCGUUCUCACACCGGUGAGAGGCCCUUCAAGUGUAACAUCUGCGGAAACAGAUUCACAACCAAAGGAAACCUUAAAGUGCAUUUCCAGAGGCAUAGAGACAAAUAUCCUACCAUCGGCAUGAACCCACAUCCUGUGCCAGAACAUCUUGAUAGUAUUCCCACCAGCAGUGGCAUUCCCUAUGGCAUGUCUGUCCCCUUUGAUGAGUCAAACGUGACUGAAAUGAAGCCCAUGAUAGGCCAUCCAGGUGCUGGUUUCCACCAAUCAUCCAUACCAGGAUUGAAAACAACAUUUGAUGGCUUCGCAGGGGACCCGUUUUCUCAAAGACCCUCCCCAUCUGCAAAUGAUGGCUCCCCUACUGUUUCCUCUAAUAUGUACGGCCAAGCGACUGGACUGGAUCACAAUCACAAGGAUGCUAAAGAGCUACUUGGUGCCCUGCAUCAAAUGAAUGGCAGUGCCCACCCAGGUGAACAAAGCUCUGGAACUGCAAAACUUCAGCAUAUGGUGGAUUGUCUGGAUAAGAGAACCAAUGACCCCAAUGAGUGCGUCAUCUGCCAUAGGGUGCUCAGCUGCCAGAGUUCACUGAAAAUGCAUUAUCGCACACACACUGGUGAGAGGCCUUACAAGUGCAAAAUCUGUGGCCGUGCGUUCUCCACCAAAGGUAACCUCAAGGCCCAUUAUGGAGUGCACAGGGCCAACACUCCUCUCAAAAUGCAGCACUCGUGUCCCAUCUGCCAGAAGAAGUUCACCAAUGCUGUGGUUCUUCAGCAGCACAUUCGUAUGCACAUGGGUGGCCAGAUCCCCAACACCCCAGUGCCAGAAAACCAAUUUGAAGAUGCAGAAGCAAUGGAGUCGCCACUUCCAGAAGAGGCACCUCUGGAAACCAAUGGAUUUGAAGCUAGCAUGGAGGAUCAUGAGCCAGAAAUUGAUCCCCAGACACCAAACCACCUUUCCGAUUCCUUGCCGUCAGCCUUGGAGGUACAACCACAGAAGCAUGCUGCCCCUGCCACAUUUUCGAGCCUUGAUGUCUUGAAGAAUCUCACAUCUGCUCUUGCACUGAAACGACAGAGCAGCACCACAUCAGAAAGUGAGGGAACUACCAAAGAGUCCCCUUCAGCUCCUAGGGAACAGGAGUAUCAGAAUGGCUGCAGCCCUACAGUAUCUGACUCCGCUAUGUCCCGUAAUUCCCCAUCCCCAGUAAACACCAACAUUACCAGCUGCAAAUCUCCCGAGUCUGCUGCUGAGGAAUAUGCCCGCAAUGGGCCAAAACCAGAGCCAGAUGGUGGUGUUCACGGUGGCAAUGAGUCGGGUGGAGCACUCGACCUCACAGCAUCCAGCAGCUUCACUCCCAAAUCAAUCAAAGAAGAACCCAUUAUUGCAUUCACAAACGGAGACUAUGUUCCAAGCAACAUGUCCUUCAUGAGGAUACCAUCAAGUCUGGCAAGUCUGGAGAUGAAGAUCCCUUCAGAGAAUCAUUUGGGCCCUAAUGGUUUGUUCAGCUCUCACAUGCCUCAGGGAACAGCCAUGCCCUCCUCCAUCUCUUCUGCACCGAGACGAUCAACCAAGCAGCAUGUGUGUCACGUUUGCACCAAGAACUUCUCUUCUGCCAGUGCCUUGCAGAUCCAUGAGCGUACUCAUACUGGGGAGAAGCCUUUUGGCUGCAACAUCUGUGGCAGGGCGUUCACCACAAAGGGAAAUCUGAAGGUACAUAUCGGCACUCACAUGUGGAACAACACAUCCCGGCGUGGCCAGCGUCUCAGUCUGGAUAACCCAAUGGCACUGAUGGCAAUGAGCUCCGAGGCUAAGAUGUUGCCAGAGAUGAUGCAGGCCCCCAAAGAACUGGCUGCUCCUCAAAUGAAUUUUGACCCCUCCCUGUGGAAUCAGUAUGCCGCUGCCUUCAGUGGUGGCCUAACCAUGAAGACCAAUGAAAUUUCUGUCAUCCAGGGCGGUGGCAUCCCGCUCCCUGGCAGCCCUGCCGGUGGGCCUCUUAUAGGCUCCACUGGAGGCCUCAUGAAGAUGGAUGGAUCCCAUUCUGGUUUGCCCGCCUCCAUGGCUGAGAUGGAGAAAAACAGCUCGGACAGUGUGCCAAAAUCGCAGUUCCCACAUUUCAUGGAGGAGGGUAAAAUUGCAGUUAACUAGGCUUUCUAGCCAUCCAUUUAUUGCCGGAACUCAGUUUUUGAAUGUCUUCUUUUUUGACUGAGGUACAAACAGAGAAAACCUUGUAGAAUUCUGCCUAGAUUGUUUGACUUUCCAAGUAACUGCAUUGCAGCUCUCCCCUCCUGAAUGAUUCACAAGUGUUAUUUUUGUAGUUGAACAUGAUAUAACUACUGUAGUUGUAUUUUAUUUCAUAUAAAUAUAUGCGGGUAUUUUUUUUUUUUUUUUUUCCUGUGACUUUUUUUUUGUUUUGUUUUCAGAAGUUUGAAUGUAUAACUUACUUGAAACUGCUUUAAUUCUGACUCUCCCUCCUUGAUACUUUGAAGGAUUUUGACUAAGAAACGUUCAGGGCAUGACUUUUAACGGACAUUUGGUCUCUGUUCAGAAAUAAUAGUUUACUGUCUGUAUCUAUGACUACUUUCCCUCCCAUUGUGUGCCAUAGAUUUUUACAACAUUGUACGUUUUUGUAGAGGUUAAUGUCAUUUGCAUGUCUCAUCUUGAAGGGGCGUUUGAUCAGGUUCAGAGAUUAUUCCAGUAUCUUGUCUAUUAAAUCAAGUUUUCAACAACUCUGUAAUCAAUUUCAGAUAUUACAGGCUGUAACCCAUUCGUGUUACAUUGGUAGUAAGAUACGAAAGUUAAUCGUUCAUAUAUUUUUUUGCUAAGUGCCUAACCCCUAACAUACAUGUUACAUGUGUCUCACUGCACCACAAGGUUAAGACUGUAAGACGAAACAUGACGGUAUGCUACAUGGUAAAACUCGCUAAUCAAAGUCACCAUAUUCCACUUGAUCUGUAGUCAAAUUCAGUUGGCUGAGGUCCGAGGGCUUUUAUAUACUUUUAUGGGCUCAUGCCUGCACUUUAUUUCAGGUUGAAGAUACAUUUUAUGAUUACAUUUCACUGCUUUUUAUCCUAGUUGUGGAACAAGGAAAGGGCAAAUCAACAAUUUUUGUGUACUGACUGUAAGAUUUCUUUGACACAACCAACUUACUGGAUUGUUUGUCUUUGGUCUAGGUUACUUUGUGAACUUGUAGCAUCAUUAAUUUAUUUAUAAUCCACAAAAUGCUUGAGUUUCGGGGGUAAGUUCUACCUCGUUUAGAUUUCAGUCGUCCUCCAGACCCCCUACGCUCAACGCAACACUGUACAUUUUCCUGAUACAUUCUUGUAUACGUGAUAAGAUUUGUCAUUCUAAAACUGCUGAGUUGAACAGUAAUGAAUGUAUCACUGGACACUUUACACAACUCAGAAUGGUCAGAGUACUUUGUUGGCCCCUGCUGUACAUUCCUUUAUCGAUAUGCAUUUGCCAAGUUGUGCCUUUCUUUAGCAAACCAUGUCAAAACUGCUUUCAAGUUGUCUCUACAAUUCAAGUAAUGUUGAGCCAAUUUGGCCUGUUUACAAUGUAAAUGGUUCUUUUUGUUUUUCAAAUGUUUCCUUCACCUCCAUGUUUUCUGAUUUUGAAAAAUAAAAUCAA